GGGUUACUUUGAGGUUGGAGCCUAUCCCAGGCAGCACAGGCCUCAGCCCUGGAUGGGAUGUCAGUCUGUAACAAGACGCACAUACUUUCCACAAUCAAUUUAAAGACGCUAUUCGCCUAGUCGCAUUUUGCGGGAGGAAACCCACGCAAGCAGCACACAUACACAUUCAUACAGUACACACACACACACACACACAGCGGAGGCGGGAUUCGACCCCCCUCUGAGCCACCCUGCCGCCCACAAACAAGCUACACUUUUCAUCAAAAUGUGAUGCGUGAGUGGAUUAACUACGUGUGAACGGACAUAUUAAUGCGGUGCCGCCCCCGCCUCCCCCCUGCAGGUCAAGCAUUCCGGCUUAAAGGAAACGCGUCCCUCGGUUGCUAUGAUACCAUUGUCGACAACACAGCGAAGCAUGGCGUCUAGCUUUUCUGCAAAUCAGUACGAAAAUGCUUUCAAGUCGCAAAGACUCCAGAACUGGACACUGCCAAAGGCUUCAAAAGAGAGACCGAGAGCUAUGGAUGGUCACACAACAUUUAUUGCAACCGACAAAGGACAUCUGCUCCCGGGGAUGAAAGCAAAGAGAGGGGACAGGUGGACGUUUGUGGGCACGUGGGACCUCCCGACCCGGAUUCCCCCCGCCCGGAUAAACCCUACAGCCCGCUCACAGGAAGGCCAGGAGCGGCUGAAAUGUUGGGGGCAGCGCCAACAGUGUAGCAGGAACAGGGUCCCCAGCCAGGUCUACCACGAAACAGGUGGCAGCGCUGGGGACAGAGGGGCUGAUAGCCACAUCCUGGAAAAUACACAAAUGACCCCCGAGCCACGCGAGGUUGAACAGAUGUCUGAGCCGUCUCCAGACCCAGAAGUAAGGCCUUCCUCAUCCAGACCAGCGUCGAAGCUGGGUCCUUCUUCCUCACGACAGCAGGUGGAAGCUCAGCCUGGAGCUGAAGCAGCUUGCGAUCCGGAUGUUAACUGAGUGUGAAGAAGGUUGGCAGUGGCCAGCUGACAUGUAUCGCAGAGGUUAAGCAAUAUGCCUUCGAAGUUACAGUUGUGGACGCAUCCUGAUUCUCUUUGUGUGUAAUGGAAUGUCUCUUCAGUUUAGUCCUGAAGCGUUAAACCAACAAUCGCACAAAUAUGUUUAUUAAAGUGCAGACAAAGCAAACAACA